UGAAGAAUGAUGGCUGCUGGGAAAUUUGCCAGUUACCAUAGAAAUGUGCAAACGAGCCAUCAGUUCCCACUGACAUCUUCAAUGGAUCUUCUAAGCAGCAAAUCCCCCCUUGCUGAGCGGCGGGUUGAUUCAUUUCAGGAUGUUUGUAUCCAUGGUACAUUACCUCGUAAAAAGAAGGACAGGAUUGCCAUUAGAUCCACUGACAUGUUCAGCCACAUGGGAACCUUGCCACAUAGCAAGUCACCCAGACUACCUACCCCGAUCAUGCCGGAUAUAUUAGAGGAAUAUCCGUUUCAAAACUGGAAAGCUGGAGUGUUCAAGAAAACAAGGGCUCAUGCUUCACCGGAUUCCACCAUGGAAUAUGUCAAGUUCUCUAAGGAGCGCUAUAUUAUGGAUGGAGGGACCCCUGACAAGCUCAAGAAGGAAUUGGAGGAAGAGCUGAAGCUGAGCAGUGAAGAUUUACGUAGUCAUGCUUGGUACCAUGGAAGAAUUCCUCGGCAGGUAUCUGAAAGCUUGGUGAGGAGAGAUGGAGAUUUUCUGAUCAGGGAUUCUUUGUCCAGUCCUGGAAACUUUGUGCUUACCUGCCAGUGGAAAAAUAUUUCACAGCAUUUCAAGAUAAAUAAAGUUGUCAUCAGGCUCAAUGAAGCUUACAGUCGGAUUCAGUACCAGUUUGAACAUGAAAGCUUUGAUAACGUCCCUGCGUUGGUUAGGUACUAUGUGGGGAACCGCAAGCCUGUGUCCCAGCAAAGUGGAGCCAUCAUUUUCCAGCCUAUUAACCGAACUGUUCCACUUAGAUGUAUACAGGAGAAAUAUGGAACAUCUCCUGUUAGACGCUUGGAACUGGGAGCCCUGGAUGGAAGAGCCGAAACUCCAAAGCGGCUGAGUUUAAACAUUGGCCAUGGACAGAUCCUGCUGCAGGAACAAAACCUGAUGCGGGCCAGUCUGAUUAGAAAUAAAGAGAAGAGUGGAAGCCACCCAGCUUGUCUGGAUAACAUGCGAGAAAAGAAACGGCCGUUACAUUCUUAUCAAUCAGAAAGCUACCUGCCGCUCGGCUGCAGACAACCGUACUUGUCACCUGGAAAUGAAGGGAAGUUGACACCCAGGCCAAAUGUGUUCAGGACAGGAAGUGAACCCACUCUAAGCCCAACAGAAAUCCGAAGGUUCAGCAAUGAAGCUCAUCCUACUGAUGCUUUGAGGGGAUCAGACAGUCAGCUGUGCUCUAAACCUCCUGCAAAGCCUAGCAAGGCGCUCUGUAUGAAACAACCACCAUCACCUUCAGUCUGGCAAAACUCUGAGGCAAAUUACUGUGAACUUCAUCCUAACCCUCCUGAUGACUGUGGAUGGUCACGGACACAAUCCUCACACAAUAGCUUUGUAGAAACUCCACAAACUGGGGAAGAGGAUACAUUCUCCUUCAAUAAUUCAGAGAUAAGCUUCCUGGGCUUUGAGGACAGCGUGUCUCAGUGUUCAAUAGAACUGAAUGACAAGGGGGAUGAAGUAGAGUUUAUCAGGCCACUGUAUGAGACUGAAUCUUCUUUUAAACCCAAUGAGUUUGAGUCCCUUCUGCUCCCUCCAGAAAAUAAACCUCUGGAAACGGCUCUGCUUAGACGGGCCAAGGAACUUUUCACGAACAAUGACCCAAGGACUAUUGCCCAACACAUUCUCAAUAUGGACUGCAAGGUUGCUAGGAUACUUGACAUCGCACCAGAAGUGGAGGGGAUCAUGGGAGUGAGCUGUGGGCUAGAACUAAUAACUCUGCCGUAUGGACACCAACUGCGCCUAGACUUAAUUGAAAGGCAUACCACCAUGGCCAUAGGAAUUGCAGUGGACAUUUUAGGUUGUACUGGCAGCUUAGAGGAAAGAGUUGCGACACUAAACAAGAUCAUCCAAAUUGCGGUGGACCUGAAGGAAUUAGGAGAUUUCUUUGCAUUUUCUUCCAUCAUGAAAGCACUUGAGAUGCCUCCGAUUACAAGGCUGGAAACAACCUGGACCAUCUUAAGACAUCAGUACACACAGACAGCAAUCACUUAUGAGAAACAGCUGAAACCCUUCAACAAAAGUUUGUAUGAAGGUACAGGAGUGGUAUUCACCAUGCAAGAGAAAUCCACGGUCCCUCUUGUGAUGCCUCUCUUAAUGCUACUGGAGCGUCAGUCCGCCAUCUAUGAAGGACUGGACUGGUGGGAGAACCAUGACCGAGGAUGUGAAAUAAUGUUCAGUCACCUGGAAACUGGACGAUUCAUAGCCCAAAAUGCAGCUUUGUAUCAAAGCAAUGCACAACAGGCAUUGGAAGGUUUUAACCCAGAUGAGGAGAUGAGCGAGAUCUUCCGCACAGAGUUUCAAAUGAGGCUUCUCUGGGGCAGUAAAGGAGCCCAAGUCAGCCAGCCUGAGAGAUACCAGAAGUUCAGCCAGAUCUUAACAGCGCUGUCAAAGAAACUGGAACCUCCACCUACCUAAGGCAAACCCAUCUCUGACCAUUUCACAGACAAGUCUAAAAAGACAGUCCGUAGGAAUGGCUCUUGUUAUAUUUGUACAAUGUAUAUUUUUUUAAGUAACCAUAACAGCCAAUUAUUUAUUAAUGACUUUGAAUCGACCUUGGCUACUAAUUAGGCAGUAGCGGAAUGGACAAUGGCAGUAGAUUACAUGUUAAUAAAAUCAGGACUUUGCUAAUGACAGUAAACAUGAAUUUUACCACUGGCGGGAGAGAGUUGGCUUCAAUGUCAGAACCGAGUUUGUGUGAGUGAAAUACAAAAGCGUCAUUA